UUCUUUCCGAUUUAAAUGUCCCCGUUGGCACCUGGACCUGUCACAAUUUUUUUUUUCACAACAAAACACGUUGUAAACAGAAAUUUUCUUUAGAAAAUUCUUAAGAACCUUUUUUCUAUAAUAAUGAAUGGAAAUAAAAUGCAAGAUAAAAAUGAACAGUGUUUAAACUACGAUCUCAUUGAAAAUCUUCGGUUAACGAAAUUCCCGAAGCCGGGGGAAUUAAUUUUUUACGGAACAGCUGGUUUUCGAACAAGAGCAGAAAAGUUGGAUCAUGUUGCAUUUACUAUGGGAGUUUUAUCAGUUUUGCGAUCAAAGAAAAAGAAAGCUGCCAUUGGAAUAAUGAUAACUGCGAGUCAUAAUCCAGAGAAUGAUAAUGGACUGAAAUUAGUAGAUCCUUCAGGUGAAAUGCUGGAAAGUUCCUGGGAGAAAAUAGCUACGGAUUUGGUGAACAUUGAUGAUGGAGAAUUGGUGCCGACAUUGAGGAAAAUAAUAAAAGAGUUUGAAAUUGAUGAAAAUUUACCAGCGACGAUAAUACUUGGGAGGGAUACGAGAAUCAGUAGUCCACGACUAGCUGACUGUGCAAUCGAAGGAAUAAAUGCCUGUCGAGCGACUUUGAGGGAUUUUGGAAUCGUAACCACACCUCAAUUGCACUAUCUUGUUGCCUCGAUAAACACAAAUGGAGCUUAUGGUGAACCCAGUCUUUCCGGAUACUAUCAAAAAUUGAGUGCGGCUUUUAAGAACAUUAGAGGAAAUCUUUCUGACAGUGGCAAUUAUUUGGCGAAAAUACAAUUAGACGCUGCAAAUGGAGUCGGUGCUUUGGCCAUUAAACAAUUUCAAGAGAAUUUGAAAGGAUUUCUUGACAUUGAUAUCUAUAACGAUGGAAAUGGAGAAUUGAAUCAUAAAUGUGGAGCCGAUUAUGUAAAAAUCGAACAAAGUCCACCUUCUAAUCUUCCGGUGAAACCAAAUCUGAGAAGUGUUUCGAUAGACGGAGACGCGGAUAGAAUUGUCUAUUACUAUACAGACGAAGCAGACAAAUUUCAUCUUCUCGACGGAGAUCGAAUUGCAACUCUAAUAGCCGAAUAUUUUAAGGAAUUACUUUUGGAAAGUCAAUUGACUUUGAAUGUCGGUUUGGUACAAACGGCCUACGCGAAUGGAGGGUCCACUGAUUACAUCACAAACAAAUUGAAAAUUCCCGUCGAGUGUGUGCCAACCGGAGUAAAGCAUUUACAUCACAAGGCAUUAGAAUUUGACAUUGGCAUUUAUUUCGAAGCAAAUGGACACGGAACUGUUAUUUUUAAAGAUUCUGCAACUGAACUAAUUCGAAGAGCCGCUAAGGACGAAACAAUUUCCGAGAGUAAAAGACAGGCGGCGAGAAAAUUGUCCCAAGUCAUCGAUGUUAUUAAUCAAACUGUAGGCGAUGCACUGAGUGAUAUGCUACUUGUUGAAACAAUUUUGCACGCAAAGAAAUGGAGUUUAAUCGAUUGGGAACAGAGUUAUCGUGAUUUGCCGAAUAGACAACUGAAAGUUAAGGUGCAGGACAGAAGUGCAAUAACAACAACGGACGCUGAGCGAAAGUGUGUUCUACCCGAAGGUUUACAGAGACAAAUUGAUCAAGCGGUGGCACGUUAUUCCAAAGGACGUUCCUUCGUUCGACCGUCUGGAACGGAAGAUAUAGUACGAGUUUACGCUGAAUGUGAAAAUAAAGAGGACGUUGAGAAACUUGCAGUCGAAGUGGGAAUUGCAGUCUACAAUUUAGCCAAUGGAGUUGGUUCGAAACCAGUUUUAUCAAAAAUGUGAUAUUUUGAGAUUGGAUAACAAUAACAAUGCAUUUAUUAUAAAUAUGUUAAAUUGUUGACUAUACGAGAUAUUACGUUUUAGAGGCGAAAUAUUUUUAAAGAUAAUAUUUUAUACGUUUUAUACAUAUAUACACUAGUCCAAUGUAGAUUAUUUUUAUACAAACAUUUUCAUGUUUUUACGGUUUGUGGUGUAAUUUAUAAACAACUUUAUUAAUUGUUAUUUUUUACUUGAAUUUUUUACUUUUAUUAUUGACAGUUUUUUAAAAUUAUUAACAGUUUUUUUUACAAUUUUGUUUUAGUUAUUAACAAUUCAUUAAUUAUUAUCCGUUCUUUUUAAGAAUUCCGGCCGGUAUUUUAUUGUAUUUGAAUGUUGUACUUCAGGCGCCAUGGUAACGACUAUUGAUUACGACAAUGAAAUGUUGUCAUAGAACAAAAAAUGUCAGUAUUGUUUUGAAAUUCUAAAAAUGUGGCAAAACAACGAAGUUAGAUUCGACAUUCCCUUUUCGUAAUUAUACUUUUUAUUACUUAUUAUUCGUAUUUUAUAUUUUAUGAAAUUAAUAAAGAUUUUUUUCUUUUUCGUGAAA